GAUCAUUUCUCGAGUCCUCCCACUGAGAACGGAUCUGCACAGCGAUCGAGCGCUCAUGGCAGCUAAUGAUUAUCGCGCGUAUCUGCGGAAUCAUAUCGAUAUGGAAGAGGCUCCGGCGCGCGUCUCGCAUACGGGCUCCACUCACAGAGCGCUCAUAUUCGCCACGCUCACUGUCAUGGGACUUCUGCAAGUCGCGUCGAGUGUGGCGAUUUUGUUGCACUUAACCGGUUAUCUCCGAGAGGUCGACCUUGCCUCAGCCCAGCAGAGUCCUAAUGAGGAAAUGCACAGUGAAACAUUAAUAGCAGAUCCCCUCAAAAGUAUGAAGGAGAAGAAGGAUAGAUGUCGAAAAAAGGAUACACGCAUGCCAUCGGCUCAUCUUCCUAUCAGGACUGCCAAUGACUAUUCAAGCAAAGAUCCAAGUCCUGUAACCAUCCACUGGGCAGAAAAUCAAGGGACGCUGAAGAAGAUAACAUACCGUAAUGGGCGAAUUCUAGUGGAUGAGCCUGGCUAUUAUUAUGUAUAUGCCAAGACCUGCUUUCGAUAUUCUGAGGUACACGACUUGGACAAAGAGGAUGUCAGCAAUGUGCAGUUGGUACAAUACAUUUACCAUGAGAAGCACACCCAGUCUACAAUCAGACCGAUUCCACUUACAAAAAGUGGUGGCACGUUGCAGUGGAAUACCACGAGCUACAACAUGUACUGUGUGGAGCAGGGCAGAGGUAUCCAGUUAAAUAAGGGUGAUGGUCUCUUUGUCAACGUAUCCAAUUCAUGGCUUCUGGAUCGAGAAGCCGAGGGGACAUAUUUUGGUACUUUUAAGAUAAGCGAGUGACUUAGAUUGUUUUUGCUACUGAACAUGUUUAUGCACAUUUUACAACCUUACAAACUUUUUCAAAGUGAACAUGAACCACUGAGCACUUCUGUAAUUGAUCACUGACUUUCGAAUUUUUGUUCCAAAUUAAUUACAUUGUACAUCAUUUAGGCGCACAUCAGACAUCGUAACUAAUCAGGCAUGCCAUUGAAGCUCUUAAGUACCAGCACUUGAAGACUUAGAAUGGACUGAAGCCUAGGUGCAUUUAAUAGGUUUUAGAUGUUUCCAUACGAGUCAAAAUACUUCAGUGGUUUUUGUAGGGGUGCACCCAUACCGAUACUGGUAUCUGUCCAAUGCCAUUCGCAACCCAUUUUUUUUUCCACAAUCUGACAUAUUUCCAAGCGAAACAGGAUAAUCAGUGAUAACAAUGUAGGGUGGGCCUUGGUUUUGUCCAUUGGGGAAUUGAUUGAAUCGUGAGAAGUAGGUUACAGAAGCGGAAUGGAGUCAGGUGGUUGGAGUCGAGGUGUCAAAAAGUAAGAGGGACUUGUGACAUCAACCCUAAAUAAAGUUGUUUUUUUAAAUGAUUUAUUAAGGAAAGUAGAUCAAGUUGGAUUUUACGUUGCUCUUAAAAUGCUCUUAUACAUACAGCAGGUAGCAUGAAGUACAUGCACAACAUUCAUUGAAUAAAUGUUGCCAUGCAAAGGAAUACAAGCAGCUAAACAAAAAUGUCAACAGUAUGGAGGUAUAUCAGUGCUACAAUUAGUCUCGUAGGAAAUCAGGUCAAUUAAAAACAAAAUACGUUGACUUUCCAACACCGCUCUGCUAUGCCUGUCGGCUCGCUUGGUCAUCCUUCUCUCCCCAAUUCAUUGUACAUGAAUCAAAAAUGUAUUUAGAUUUUAUGCUUUUGUACUCCGCUAUUUACUCAACAUAAUAAACGCACUGUCCUUAAUCGUCAGUAGUGAAAUAUAUAUCGGCUAGGCCGAUAUUAAUCCAUUUUGAGAUUACUGGCACGGCUGAUAACGUGCCUGCUUGGCCAAGAAUUUCCAAAAACUACAACAGCGCUGUGAAUAGAUAAUGCACAACAUGUUGUCAGAUAUUUAAUCGAGUAAAUACUGUGUACAAAUUUUUAUUUCAGCAUGUAUGUUCAUCUCAAUUGUUGUAGUUAAAUUGUAUUAGCCUAUGUUCAGUGGCCCUUAUAUUUGGACACUUAAGCCAUGCUUUUAACUCUAUGAAUGUCAUUGCAUUAGAUAACAUACAAAUAAUGCUGGAUAUUUUCACAGAACUAACUUUUCCUCAUUUCAUUAUAGUAAUAGCUAUUACUAAAUACUUUUGGGGCCACUUUAUUUAUCGCCAUUAUAUCGGCCACGCCGCUCUUUGGUUAUUGGUAUAGCCAUUGAAAACCCCAUAUUGGUCGACCACUUAUCAGUCUCACUAUACUGUGCCUAAAAAAAACAGUGCAACAGUGCUGCUUAAUAGACGGUAUCUGUAUCCAUGUGUACCAAAAUGUACAGCCUUAAAAAAUAAAUAAAAAUAAAAACAAAAAUGGUAUCGGUGCAUCCCUAGUUUUACCUUUACACUGAAAUUGGAACACAAUAUAAAACCUAAGAAAAGAAAACUGUCCAGAAAAACCAAACAAAAAACUGUAUGGACUCUCUGGUGAAAAUAGUCUAUGCCCAGGUUUCCCCUAGAUAUUUUGGAUGGUAGAUCUACAGUUAACAUCACUAAACUUAGACAAAUUAUUAUAUUAUCGGAUGAAUUAUUAUGCAGGAUUCAUGUAUGACAAGGACAUUUGAAAAGAAUGCAUAAUAUGGAAAGGCACUUCCUGGCACUCAUAAAGAUUAUGUACUGAUUGAAAAAUUUCAAUGCUUUUCUAUAUCUUCCCAUCACACAAUAUGAUAGUUUUCAAUGGUGUUUUGAGAAAAACACAAACAUGGAACAAAAAUCAAUACAGCUGGACUGUCUUUGAUUUGGUGCACGAACCAAAAUUGUUUAAGCAAUGCGUAGAACCACACUGAGUUUGGUACGCUCUAAUUUAAGAGUUUUUGUUUUCAUUAAUGCACUAAGUGUAUUUAUUUAUUUUCCAUGAUGAUAGAACAUUUGUUGAAUGGUCUGUCAAUUGUAAAGUUUUGUACAGUGUAUAUAAUUGUAUAAAUGCCUUUUACUCCAUUCUUUAAGAGUUUUUUUGGAUGAAGGGCAUAGACUUUAGGUCAGUUAUAGAUGCGCUUUUUUCCAAGCACAGGGCUCCUGUUUUAAAGCUUAAAUGGAUUGGUUUCUCACUAAAGAAACUUUUUUUAUUUAAGUAUAACUCUGACAAUUCUGUGUGCAAAUAAGAGCAGAAUAUAUUGUUCCACUCCUGUUUUAAAUCACAAACCUAAAGUCUUUAGAUUUUUUUUUUCAUAUGUAAGCAAAAGUUCUGUUUAUGUUUAUUUAUACCAUUCUGACUAAUAAAGAUACUUUUCUAA